AUGUCACUUCACGGCAGGGAGGGAAGGAGGGAGAGCAGGGGGGGCUUGGAUGAAGACACAUUCACUUACAACUUUAUAAACGACCCUUUGGUCCCUGGUCUGCACCAGACCUACCUGUGCUACGAGGUGGACCUCCUGGAUGGUGACACAUGGGUCCCACUGAAUGAACUCAAGGGCUUCGUGCGUAACCAGGUGACCUUCCUGGCCCAACCGCACCCAGGCAGGGCCAUCCCCAGUCCAGCUCGUCAGCUCCUCCCUGCAAAGCUGGACUGGGGUGGUUGUGAGCCCAGGCUAUGCCGUCAUGCAGAGCUGUGCUUCCUGGACCUGCUGAAUUCCUGGCAGCUGGACCCCACCCUGCACUAUAGGGUCAUCUGGUUCAACUCCUGGAGCCCCUGCUGCAACUGUGCCCAGGAAGUGGCUGCAUUUCUGGGUUGGAACAGCCACAUGCGCCUGCGCAUCUUCGCUGCCCACAUCUAUGAAUGGCUCCCAGAAUAUGAGCAGGGGCUGCGCACACUGCAGGGGGCUGGGGCGCAGAUUGGCAUCAUGAACUUCAAGGGGUUUAGGCACUGCUGGGACACCUUUGUGGACCACCAGGGAAGGCCCUUUCAGCCCUGGCGUGGGCUGCGUAAACACAGUCAAGCCCUGUGGAGGAGGCUGCGGGUCAUUCUCCAGAGAAAGGAAGAGUCGCACGUCUCUCACUUGCAAUCAAAGCCAGAGCUGCACAAGCCCAGUGAGGAAGGCGUCUCGAAAGCCAAGGUGGGCCGGAAGCUCGGGCCUGCACCCAGCAGGCCGCCCAGUUGUGAAUGCAGGAGAAGCUCUUGA